UCUCACUCGAGUGUCGAGUCAGAUAUUAUAUUGUGUCCCAGGUUUAAAAUUAAUUGAUAUUCUAACAGUUUAACUGGAAGACUACAGCCGGACAGUGUUUAAAAACAACAAUGGUAAAAAUCGACGAUUUCAAACUGUCAUGCGAAUUAGCCGGCCACAAGUUGGACGUUCGUGCCGUUGCUGAAGGUAAGGGAUGUAUCGUAUCCGGCUCGCGGGAUAAAACCUCCAAAGUGUGGACAUUACUGGACGGGCGGUAUACUGAAACGGAGACGUUAGUCCACCAUACGAAUUACGUCGGUGCUGUACUGGUAAUUGAGGAAAACAAUUGGAUAUGCACGGCCAGUAAUGAUGCUACCAUCUGCAUCUAUAAGUAUCCUAAAGCAGUGGAGCCGUUCGUGAUACUGAAGGGACACACGUCGACAGUGUGUGCACUUGCGAAAGGUAACUCAUCGAAUGUAAUUAUUUCCGGAAGUUGGGAUAAAAGUGCAAAGAUCUGGACCAACGUUGGCACUUCACAAGCCAGUGUAACUUUGGUUGGCCACGAAGCUGCUGUGUGGGCUGUUACCCGUCUGGUUUCUGGAAAGUAUGUUACAGGUUCGGCUGAUAAGUCAAUCUUCGUGUGGAAUGAAGACGGGAAGAAACUAGUUGUGCUGAAAGGACACAAAGAUUGCGUUCGUGGUUUAUGUUCUCUGCCGAAGAAUGGAUUUCUCAGCUGCUCUAAUGACGCUGUUAUUCGACACUGGAAUGAUACCUACGAGUGUGUUAAAGAAUUUCACGGACACACCAAUUAUAUCUACAGCAUUUCCAGAAGCGACUUCUGGGGUGAUGAUGUAUUUAUUACUAGCAGCGAGGACAGCACAAUUCGAAUGUGGAGCUUGAAGGAAGGGGCACUAGGUGACAAACUUCAGCUACCUGCCCAGUCGGUAUGGUCUGUGGUAGGCUUGCGUAACGGGGACAUUGUUGCUGGUUCUAGCGAUGCAAUGGUUAGAGUGUUUACUGCUAAUGCAGAUCGAGCAGCGCCACAAGACAUUCAGGAAGCUUACCGAUUGGCUGUAGUAGUUAGAGUACAGGAAUCGACGAAGCAACUGGGAGGUAUGAACGUGAAUGAUCUCCCUGGGCCAGAGUCCUUGCUUUCGGAGGGUCGAGAAGGACAAACUAGACUUGUACGUCAUGCAAAUGGUAAAAUUAUGUGUUAUCAGUGGACCAACAACAAAUGGGAAUGUGUGGGCGACGUAAUGGGAGCAAACGGGGGUGAUUCGGAUAAACAAUUGUACGAAGGACGUGAAUACGACUAUGUGUUUUCUGUCAAUCUGUCAGAUGAUGCUCCUAACUUGAAACUUCCAUUCAACCGUGGUGAAGAUCCGUGGUUUGUUGCCCAGCGCUUUAUACAUAAGCAUAAUUUGCCCCAAGCAUAUUUGGAGCAGGUUGCGAAUUUUAUAAUUACGAACUCCAAGAAUGCUCCGGUAACUGCGGGCAAUAGUAAUGCUUACGACCCCUUCACUGGGGGUAACCGUUAUGUACCGGGGACAGAAUCUAACUAUCGCCCAACGGCCGUCAAUACAGAUCCUCUGACGGGUGGGUCUAGCUAUACGACGCAAACACCAAACGCAAAUUUCUCACGGAAUGGUUCAGGCGAAUCGGCCGCUGGUAACGCUGAUCCCUUUACCGGUGGAUCUAGUUAUUCAACCGGGCAAACUGAGGUUAAAAAGACGAACACGCACUUUCCCCAUAAACACUUUGUGACAAUUGAAAAUGCCGAUCUGAAGAAAGUGCUGAUAAAGCUGAAAGAGUUAAACGGAAAGAUCGAAAAUAAAAGCCUGCAGAUGUCUGACGAUACGUUGGAUGAUAUCGUCCGUUACGUUGGUGAAGUGUCGUCGGAGUCGGAGCAAAAUUCCGCCUGUCUCACAGCCCUUAAAUAUCUGUACACAUGGCCAACGGAAAGCGUGUUUCCAGUGUUGGACAUCACGAGAUUGAUAGUUCGCGACGCCCGUGCCUGUCAGGAACUGUUUGAAGGCGAUUUCAUGAAAAGUCUCUUGCAGCACAUUAAUCACUUACCGGCUAAUCAAAUGAUGGCAGCUCGUUGCUUCGUUAACAUGAUCUCACAUAGUAAUGGACAAAAUAUCGUUCUGGAGCACAUUCGAUCCAUCAUGGAUAAGCUGACGCCAAUCAGGACUGGCAGUGCGAACCUGCAGGUCGCUUUGGCCAGUUUUUAUCUAAACCUUUCAAUGGCUCAAUUGGACAAACCUUCGCUUGAUUUCUCGAAGGUAUUGUCUGAUGGCGUCGCAGAAUUUCUCGAGUGGGCUAGUGACUACGAGGCCAUUUACAGAGGCUAUCAAGCACUAGGAAACUUGAUGUCCUCCCCACAGGGUACCCUAGUAGCAAACCAUUUGCGAGCUAACAGUGCUCUGAUUGAUAGAAUUCUUGUUAGCAUUAGUGCUGAGAUAAGUGGUUACGGUAAGCUGAAUGAAUGCUCAAGCUACUUGUACGAGUUACUGGCUUGAUCAAAGUGUAGAUGUAUUCAGAACAUCAAUCGAGUCCUUAACCUAAGCGACUGAAUACAAUAUUAAAUACAUUUUCAU